UAAAACUCACCUUUCGUUUCUUAUUCCUCUCUCUCUCUCUCUCUCUCGAAGAAGGAAGAGGAUAGCGGGAAACAAAUUUCUCUGGGCUCGGAAGCUUCUUCGCCGAGGAACUCCAUCAGUUCCUUACUUUUUUUUUCCCCUUCCUUUCAUGGCGAAUCAGUAGGUGAGGAGAAGGAAGCUAAAGAUAUUCUAUAAACGGCCUAUGCAAUCUUGAACGGUGUCAUUGUCAUGGCGCCUGUAUCCCUUGGAAAUGUCUACAUAGUUCCUGGGAUUUCUUUCACUUCAAGAAGAGAGUGUCUUAAAACCAAACAAUUUUCUCAUGUACCGUGCACUAGGCCUACAUUUUUUUCCCAGACAUUUCUAUUUUCACGUUCAUUUCCAGUAGGAUUUUUUGGGACAUGUGGACAUGCUGCUAUUUUGAAGCACCAAUCGAGAAUCCAGAGCAUGUCCAUAGGAAGUGAUAUAGCUGUGGAAGAUCCAAAUUCUGCUGUUGUAGGUGAUGAUGAAGUUGAAGAAACAGCUCCUCCAGAUGACUCACCUGUUUCAGCUGAAGAGAAUGAAGUUUCCACAGCAAAAGAAGUUAGUGGAACCAAAGCUGCUGCAUCUAAGCGCUCCAGAAACUUCCGAAAGAGUGAGAUGCCUCCAGUAAAGGAUGAGGAAUUGGUACCUGGUGCAACCUUUACUGGAAAAGUUAGAUCAAUUCAACCAUUUGGAGCAUUCAUUGAUUUUGGAGCUUUCACAGAUGGUUUAGUCCAUAUUUCCAGAUUGAGUGAUAGCUUUGUCAAAGAUGUCAAUGCUGUUGUUUCAGUUGGUCAGGAGGUGAAAGUAAGAAUUGUUGAAGUAAAUACUGAAACUGGCAGGAUUUCCUUAACAAUGCGAGAGAAGGAUGAUGCUAGUAAGAUGAGACAGCAAAAAGAGGGUAAUGCUGGUCGUGCUACUGAUGCCCAAACAAGCGGUGAUAAGCCAAGACAAACCAGGAAAGGUUCAAUCAAGCCUAGGCAGAAGAGAGAUGAAACACAAAAAACUUCAAAGUUCUAUAAGGGCCAGGUAUUGGAUGGUGUUGUGAAGAACCUAAACAGGUCUGGGGCUUUUGUAUCUCUACCAGAAGGUGAGGAAGGGUUUCUCCCAAUUUCUGAGGAGUCUGAUGGUUUUGCAAGUCUUUUGGGGGAUUCACAAUUGCAGGUUGGUCAAGAAGUUAAUGUUCGAGUUUUACGUAUUAAUAGAGGGCAGGUAACUUUAACAAUGAAGAAAGAAGAGAAUAUUGAGGACAUAAACAUAAAACUUAAUGAAGGUGGUGUUGUUCAUGUGGCCACCAAUCCUUUUGAAUUGGCAUUUCGCAAGAACAAAGUUAUUUCUGCAUUUUUAGAUGACAGGGAGAGAAUGCCUAAAAUUGUCGAUACUAGCACUGAUUCUAAAGUCUCUGAACAAGUUGCUAUCAUUGAAGAUCAAGAAGGUGAAAAUGUGCAGAUAUCUUCCGAGGAGAAGGAAGAUGGUACAUCAAUAAGUGAAGCUGAUGCAGCUGCUUUAUUGGAGGAUGCUUCAGCUUCUGAUUCUGCUUUAGCUUCAGUAGAUUCCUCUGUAACAGAUGAUGGAAAUCUGGAAUCUAUGCCGGCGGAAGCUGAAUUGGUGGAAGAAUUUAUAAAUAGUGAUCAAUACAGGGCGGAAUCUCCAGAGGAUGCAGGACCCCUGGAAGAUGAAAGUACUUCCGUGAUUGGUUCAGCUGGUGAAGAACCAGAAAGUGUUGCUUCUGAUUCAUCGGUUAAUGUUCUUAGCUCGUCUGGUGAAGAAGAGCUGAAUGAAUCCAAGGAUGGUGCUUCCUUUGCUGUGGACAAGGACGUUUCAGCCACUUCUGUUAGUGAAGACAUUCCUGCUGCACCAGUUGAAGCACAGAAAGAAGAAACACAAACUGGUUUAAGUGAAGGAGAAAAAGAAUCUUUUGCACAAGUGCCUGAUGAAGCUAAGACAGAAGAUAAAUUAACCAUCACUGCAGAAAACAAUGAACUGAGUGGUGAAGCACCCACAGUUCCAGAAGCUAAUUUGCCUUCAGUUGUGCCAUCAGACGAAAAUGAGGUUCCAUCAUCUGCCAUUUCAACCCCUUUUGAAACUGGUCCAAGUGAAGGAAAAGCUACUGUGUCUGCUGCCCUUGUCAAGCAGCUGCGUGAAGAAACUGGAGCUGGAAUGAUGGAUUGUAAGAAGGCCCUUGCAGAGACAGGGGGUGACAUUGUUAAAGCUCAGGAGUUCCUAAGGAAAAAAGGCCUAGCUAGUGCUGAGAAGAAGGCGAGCAGAGCUACAGCUGAAGGGAGAAUUGGCUCGUACAUUCAUGAUAAUCGGAUUGGAGUAAUGAUAGAGGUAAACUGUGAGACAGAUUUUGUGGCUCGUGGUGAUAUUUUCAAGCAGUUGGUUGAAGAUCUUGCUAUGCAAGUUGCAGCAUGCCCACAAGUGCAGCAUUUAGUUACUGAUGAUGUUCCUGAAGACAUUGUCAACAAGGAAAGGGAGAUUGAGAUGCAGAAGGAUGACAUUCUACAGAAGCCAGAACAGAUCAGAUCAAAAAUUGUUGAUGGCAGAAUAAAAAAGAGACUUGAGGAACUGGCACUUCUUGAGCAGCCAUUUAUAAAAAAUGACAAGGUUGUAGUGAAGGAUUUAAUUAAGCAAACAAUUUCAGCAAUUGGGGAAAACAUUAAAGUAACAAGGUUUGUCAGAUACAAUCUUGGAGAAGGUUUAGAGAAGAAAAGUCAAGAUUUUGCUGCAGAAGUUGCUGCUCAAACUGCAGCAAAAGAACCGGCUGCUUCACAAGCUCCCCAGCCGGCUCCAGAUACUACGGAAGCCACUGAAAGGCCACCAAAAGUUACAAUAUCAGCUACACUUGUUAAGCAACUAAGGGAAGAAACAGGAGCAGGCAUGAUGGACUGCAAGAAAGCUCUGGCAGAAACAGAUGGCAACCUGGAGAAGGCACAAGAGUACUUAAGAAAGAAGGGCUUGUCAAGUGCAGAAAAGAAAUCUGGACGCCUUGCUGCAGAGGGUAGAAUUGCUUCAUAUAUUCAUGAUUCGCGCAUUGGAGUUCUGAUUGAAGUGAACUGUGAGACUGACUUUGUUGCUCGAGGUGAAAUUUUCAAACAGCUGGUUGAUGAUCUUGCAAUGCAAGUUGCAGCAUGCCCACAAGUUGAGUACAUCUCUGUUGAAGACAUCCCAGAGAGCAUAACCAGAAAAGAAAGAGAACUUGAAUUACAGCGUGAAGAUUUGCAGUCAAAGCCAGAAAAUAUUAGGGAAAAAAUUGUUGAUGGGCGUGUAUCAAAGCGGCUUGCUGAGUUAACAUUGCUUGAACAGCCCUUCAUUAGAGAUGACAGUCUGUUGAUCAAGGACUUGGUGAAGCAGACUGUGGCCACUCUUGGUGAGAAUAUAAGGGUCCGAAGGUUUGUGCGCUACACACUUGGAGAGAAAGAAAGCAAUGAACCAAACAAUGACGCUUAGAAUUCAAAUUUUGGAGGAUGCUAGUUCAAUGGGAGGCGAAUUAUAGCUAUUCUCACUUCUCAGGGCCAUUGUAGUUAAAAUAAGAAAAUAUUCUCCCAAGCAGAUCUUGAGCGAAUCUGGACUUUGUUUCUGGCAUUUAGAAAUCAGUCUCCUUUCCCCUUCGUUGAUGUUUUUGUCUCGGGCUGGUGAAUUGGCAAUUGUAUCCAAAGAGGUGUUGUGCUCUUUUAUUUUAUUUUAUUUUUUUUAAUUUCUUUUAUGGACAUCUCUUAAUCACUAAAGGUUGUUCAAACAUUAAUCAAAUUAGAUCCUUUAGUGCUUGGGUUAACAUAAUAAUUUUAUCCAGCUUAAUUUGUCCUGCUUGGACUUUUCUUUCGGUUUAAAGUGCUUUCUGGUCUUGUUCUUUGUUUCAUGUAAGAGUUUCCCAUGUCAAUUUGGUCUAUUGAACAUACACUUGCAUCCUUUUGUUCAAAUAUAUGUAAUGCCAAAUUGUGCUCUC